CCUUACUUCUGUACUUUCAGUUUUGAAGCAUGUGGCAGGCCCAGGCGGGGGGCUCAGCCCUGUCAAUUCAGCUACAAAUGUAACAAAAAUAACGAUGACGGGUUGGGUCUCAAACCCUCCAGCUUCGUGACCCCAUGUGCGGAAAUGGUGCUGCAGACUCGACCAAGCUACGAUGAUGGGGAAUGUUCCCUCAUUCUCCCCUGGCACCGCAGUGAGCUCCGCUCUGCCCGGCUACGUCGCUCUCUGCCUCACUCUACAGGUUCACAGGCUGGCGUCAGCACAAUUCACAGUGACUGGACCUGACCGUCCAAUCGCUGCCUUCGUAGGUGGGGAGGCCGUCCUGCCCUGCCACCUCUCCCCCAGGAUGAGCGCUGAGAACAUGGAGCUGAGAUGGUUCCGAUCCCAGUUCUCUGCAGUCGUGCACCUGUACCGUGGUGGGCGGGAUCAGUAUGGACAGCAGAUGCCGGAAUAUCGAGGAAGAACUGAGCUCUUGAAAGAUGACAUCACCAAUGGGAUUGUUUCCCUGAGAAUACGCAAUAUCCGACCCUCCGAUGAUGGACAAUACAAAUGUUUUUUUCAGUCCGGUGUCUCUUAUGAAGAUGCUAUAUUGGAAGUGCAGGUGGCAGGUCAGUGACUUGUUCUGAUGUUUUAAUGUCUUCAACAGGGUAAUAAGUGGAGUCAGGAGGGUUCAUUGU